UGGCUGCUUUUAUGAGGACGCCGCGAGGGGAGCCAUCUCUAGAACAGAUGCUUCAGCCACCUGCACGAGCAUGGGAGGACACCUGGCGGUGGUGACUACAUACGACUGCUGGUUGGCAUUGGAGGGAUUCCUGCAGGGUGGAGGUGGUUCAGGCAGCUUGCCGAUGUUCACAGAAUCUCAGAUUUUCCACACGUGUGGAACGAUCCAGUCUAUAUCCGGAAACAUCCUCACAGUACUAUGGAGCUGUGAUGGUGCCUGCCAGGGAGGGUCUUUUACAACACAAAUCGACUUAAACGUGAUCCCAUCCCAAGGCAACCCCGUAGUAGGAAGAUGUAUCCUCAUCCACUACAAGGGCCAAGGGGUGAACCCACCUAACCCUAUAGACCCCAAUAACAACUCGGACAAGUUAGAGCUGAACUACGCGGGCUGCCAGUCUCCGAAGAAAGUACUGUGCCAAGCGACGUGUACUACUGUCGCGAAGUAAUCUUGUUCUUAUGAAAGUCAGGAAAUAGCUAUAAGGAAAAAACUUUUUUGAAAAGCUUCAUAAGAUUCGAAUAUGUUUGUAAUUACCUCCAUCAAAGUUAUUCUUUACCUUGGUAAGUUUAUUAGUUAACAAUCUAACUCAGUAAGUUAAGGACAGGUUUUGGUUUUAGAAAUUCAGGGUAAGUCAGAAAUAUGCUAGCUUAAAAUCGGUUAAAUGGGUGAUGAUCUAAUAUCUAUUUAACCAACAACGCUAAUCGAGCCGUUUUAGAGACGGCCUGCACUUCCGGAGUGCUUUUCUUGUUUCAUAUAUGCUGCAGACUCAAUUUUAGUAUUGUUGCGUAGUGUUGCUAUAUUCAAUGGCGAACAGAGACUUGCGAUCUCUCAAAGAUAUGGACUCUAUCAUUUUUGAAAGCUUUGCUAUAUAUUGUAAUUACUUAAUUGCUAUAUAAUGCAACAAUCUGAUGCCAUUUUCAAGAAAAUACCAAUAAAGAUUGGAAGACUAAUCAUCAAUGACGGUUUUAAUGUACUUUAGUACUAAAUAAUUGAAUUAAAUUAAUUAGAUAGCUUACUAUAAUUAUUCCAAAGUUUGAUAUUCAUUGUCACUGAAUGGUUACACAGUUAAUGUUUGUAUUUUCAAUAGCUUUCGACAUGAAAUAAUCAUUUCCGUAUUGAAGUCACUGUUGUGAUGUGUAAAUUCACGGGUUUCUCAACAUUACACAAAAAAUAUUUGAAUACGUUUCCAAUUAAACAGACCAAUCACGCUGAGAAUGAUGCAGUAUGCCAAGAGUUGAUGAUCUCGCGCGAUCGUUCGAGAAUCCUGAGUGUUAUAUAUUCCUGCACUAUGUUGUUUGGGAAUUAUAUAUAAAAUAGUCUUUUCAGGCGUAAAAACUACGUAUUUUGGCACAGUCACAAUUAUUUAA